AUGGCAGUGGCAAUUGCUGAGCUGCGGCCAAGUGGGCCAUUCCCCAAGGCGCCGCCUGCCACUGGCCACACUAGCCGUCAGCCCGGUUCCACGCUGCCGGCCGGCCAUGCUCGAGAACUCUCCUCCUCUGCCUCCCAAGGCCUAUCUCUCUCCACCCACACACCCACCAGACCCACCCUCGUCCUCCUUCAACUGCGUCCCCGCGAGCCUAUCCUCCUAGCACCAUCCACCAUCCAUGUCCCUCUGGCACUUUGCUAUCUGCCAUCACCGCCACGACACCUGCGCCCCUCGCAUCCACGCUCGUCUACGCACACGCACACGCACACGCACACGCAUAGUCAGCCUUGCUUUUGUCGGCCACGCCCUGGACCCUAG